AAUCGUCUUUCCACUUUGGACGUAUAAACAUCACCCGUGAACUCAAUACCGUUGAAAAACAAACACAAGUCAUCAUAGUCAUCUGAAACAAACAAAUAACCACGAUGAACCGAAUCAUCGACAUUGCCCAUCGCCCCGAAACGCCAAAACCAGAGCGGCCUGUUAUCCCAAAUGAGCCAGACGUUGGUGAUGGUGAUGGAACUACCGACUAUCUGCAGUGAAUACAACAACGUGUGAUUAUAUCUCAGGCAAUAUUUAUUCUUUUACACAUGAACCAAAUUGAUGAAAUGAUAUCUCUCUUUUAAAGGCGUUUUUGGGUAGGUAUGAAAGGCGGGGAAACGAACAACCAUCAUUUCUACUAAACGAGAAUGCAUCGACUUUGUGUUUAUUUUUCGUCUCUCUUUUUCGGAUAUCGAUUUGAAUGUGGAAUUUCUGAAUUAUAAGAUUGUUCUUAUUGAACAACUGGGAAGAUUGUUAUACAUUCAGGUUGAGUUAUCGUGAGUUAUGGGCACAACGGUUAUUAUAUUGCAGGUUACUGGUACAGAUUGUUAGCGACGAUUUUCUUUCGAAUAUUUACAAAGGUUUACUUCUCAAAUGACUUAUCUGGAAGCAAUAGAUAAGAAUGUGAAAUAUUUAUACC